UUCCUGCGCCGCUGCACUUUCUAACCAACCUGCCUUGGGCAGACAUGACUUUCUAUCGCAUACCUUGUCUGCUCAUUACACGGAGUCAAUUACAAUAUAAUUGCUUCAAUAGGUUUGGGUACCGUUGGAGCUCGACCAGCUCCAAAGAGCCUCUUCGUAUCCUCUUUUGUGGAUCAGAUGAAUUCAGUGCUGCCUCAUUAAACGCGCUCCAUGCGGAACAUCUCCGCGCGCCUCAAACUAUUGAAUCUAUUGAAGUUGUAUGUCGGCCUGGGAAAAGGGUAGGCAGGGGAUUGAAAGAGAUUCGUGAAGUGCCGAUCAAACAUGCUGCAACAAAGUUGGGACUUCGAAUACACGAAAUAGAUACCUUCACUGGUUGGACACUUCCAAAUACCCCGAUUGACUUGAUCAUUGCUGUAUCAUUCGGCUUGUUCGUCCCGUCUCGAUUACUGAAUGCAGCGAAAUAUGGAGGACUGAACGUCCAUCCUUCGCUGCUGCCAGAUCUUCGAGGACCGGCACCUCUGUACCACACACUUCUGAGGGGAAAAACUCAUACUGGUAUAACUCUACAAACGCUUCAUCACAAGCAUUUCGAUCACGGUGUUAUAUUGGAUCAAACCCCCGCCCCAGGGUUUCGAAUACCCAAUCCUGAAAACUGUACAGUAUCUGAACUCGAGGGCAUAGCUGCAUCAGAAGGUGCUGAAAUGCUGGUAAAAGGCAUUCGGAAUCAAGUAUAUGUGUCCCCGUUGAAAGAUGCCGGGUGGCGCGCCGCCACAGGUAGUAGCGACUUUGCCCACGCGUCCAAAAUCACUCCUGAAGAUAGACAUGUGGAUUGGCAGAAUUGGACACUGAGUGAUAUCAGGCGUCGUCAGCGAGUGUUAGGUCGUUUAUGGAACAAGGCACUCGUGCUCUCGAGGUCGCCGGAUGGAAAUAGCGCUAUCUUUCAGCACAAAAGAAUCAUUCUUGAGGAUAUUGAAGAGGCAUCAGAUCGUAUCUCAGAGAGCCGACGUCUUGCGUUACUACCAGGAGUGCCAUUUGUAUGCGGAAGUCUUUCAGAUGAACCAUCUUGCAGUGUCAAGUCUCUCUAUGUUUACACGUCUGAUGGCCAUCUUCUGCGUCUACGCAAAGUUAAAGUUGAAGGUGGGAAAAUUAGUGACGGCUUCACUGCUGCUCUUAAAGCCCGCAUGUUGUCUCAAAACGCUAUAUGCCUCGAGAAUGCCGAGUUUAGCUUAUCCCAUAAUCCUCUUACAUAAGGUUAGAUAUUUU